AUGUUUAAGAACUGGGCAGCUGAACAAGACUUAAAAUUUUCGAAAUUGAUAACCGAAAUUUCCGAUUUGAAACAGCAAAAUAGCGUUAUACAAGAGACUAAUUUGGAGAUACGCAAAUUUAUGACAUUUGCCUCCUCAGAAUAUGAUGAUAUGAGGAAAAAGAUAGCAAAAUUAGAAAAAGAACGUUCCGAGUACACAGAAAAUUUAAUGAAAAUGGAAAGAAAAAUACACGAUCUACAGGUUAAGUCCCGCACGGCAUCAAUAGAAUUUAGAAAUAUCCCUAUGCAAGAAAGGGAGACGACCGAUGACCUGCUUUCCAUAGUAAGCACCGUAUGUAAUGCUCUGCAUAUUCCCAUCAAACACGAUGAAGUGCGGGAUGUUUACCGUCUACCGGGUAAACCUGGAACGAAUAAAACUAUCGUGGCCGAAUAUGUAACGGUGCGCGACAAAAAUAAUAUUUUGUCAGCGGCUAGAAAUUUCAAUGAAAAGAAACCGACCGAAGAAAAACUUAACUCUGAAUCCAUUGGGUUAUCUGGUAAGCGCAUACCAAUAUAUAUCUCAGAAUAUUUACCACCAAGCUCCAAAGCCCUAUUUCGAAAAGCUAGAAUGUACGCCAAAAGCAAUAAAUACAAUUACGACUAA